UAGUUUGGGAACGCAUACGAAGAUUAAUAAUGUACCAGCAAUUCUCUUCACCCGCCGAUCGGAGGUUGAGUGCUCUGGCCCGGCACCUGGAGGGCUCGUCCCCAUCGUCCGCCAUGGACCCUAACCACACGAUCUCUGCUUCUGCAACCUCGGGCUCCGAUUUCGGUGGCUCUGUUUUUGCUCACGUCGUUCAGGCUCCUGAAGAUCCCAUUCUAGGGGUGACUGUGGCCUACAACAAAGAUCCUAGCCCAGUGAAGCUGAACUUGGGCGUUGGUGCUUAUCGAACAGAGGAAGGAAAACCUCUUGUUCUGAAUGUAGUGAGACGGGCAGAGCAGCUGCUUGUUAAUGACAGGUCCCGGGUCAAAGAAUAUCUUCCUAUUGUUGGGCUGGCAGAAUUCAAUAAAUUGAGUGCUAAGCUCAUGUUUGGCGCUGACAGCCCUGCUAUUCUGGAGAAGAGGGUUACUACUGUCCAGUGUUUGUCUGGUACCGGCUCAUUGAGAGUUGGAGCUGAGUUUUUGGCGAGACAUCAUCACCAACGAACCAUAUACAUUCCACAACCAACUUGGGGAAACCAUGGAAAAAUUUUCACAUUAGCAGGGUUAUCUGUGAAGACUUACCGCUAUUAUGAUCCAGCAACACGUGGGCUGAACUUCCAAGGCUUGUUGGAAGACCUUAGUCUUGCCCCUUCUGGAGCAAUUGUGCUUCUUCAUGCAUGCGCUCACAACCCCACUGGUGUCGACCCAACCCUUCAGCAAUGGGAGCAGAUAAGGCAAUUGAUAAGAUUGAAAGGGUUGUUACCUUUCUUUGACAGUGCUUACCAGGGUUUUGCAAGUGGGAGUCUGGAUGCAGAUGCGCAGUCUGUUCGCAUGUUUGUUGCUGAUGGUGGUGAAAGCCUUGCUGCUCAGAGUUAUGCCAAGAACAUGGGGCUCUACGGGGAACGUGUUGGUGCACUGAGCAUUGUUUGCAAGACGGCGGAUGUGGCAAGCAGGGUUGAGAGCCAGGUUAAACUUGUGAUCAGGCCUAUGUUUUCAAACCCACCCAUUCAUGGUGCAUCUAUAGUUGCAAUCAUCCUGAAAAACAGGGAUAUGUACAAUGAAUGGACUGUUGAGUUGAAGGCAAUGGCAGAUCGUAUUAUCAGCAUGCGCCAGCAACUCUUUGAUGCUUUACGGGCCAGAGGCACACCAGGUGACUGGAAUCACAUUCUCAAGCAGAUUGGAAUGUUUACUUUCACAGGAUUGAACACCGCUCAAGUGGCCUUCAUGACCAAAGAGUACCACGUCUACAUGACAUCUGAUGGGAGGAUCAGCAUGGCAGGUCUGAGCUCCAAGACAGUCCCUCAUCUUGCAGAUGCUAUACAUGCCGCCGUCACCCGUGCUAUCUAAUCAGGAGAUGGGCAAUCUUUUUGUACUAAUCCCAUUCCAUAGUUCACAUUAGUUAAUUCAUCCUGUUUUACUGGUUUUAUGAUAAUAAUUACUUCCCCAAUAAAUAAGGUCGAGAAUGAAAUGCUCGACCAUACGGAGGAAGAUGCUUGUACCAAAAAAUUUCCAAGCCACCAAUUUUUUUAGUGUUGAUGUUCAAAUCCAAAUUGACCUUUACUUUGGCAACAAGUUGUGUUUAUUGAAAUUGGUGGGAGAUAUUCUACAUGCAA